GCGUGUUUUGAAAACUUUAAUCGAAGUGUUCAGACCUCAGUGGCGUGUCAGAGAAGUGUUCGGGGGUAGUUUGAAGUCGAUGCACCUCCCGCACGCGAGUCCUGCCGUCAGGAUGGCAGACGUUUACGCUCAUAUCCACGAGUACUACCGGCAGAGUCACGGGGAGUUAGUACAGACUGGUUCUCCGGCUGUCUUGUGCUCUGCGUUACCUGGCCAUUGGAGGUCGAAUAAAUCAUUACCGUUGGCUUUUAAAGUGGUGGCAUUAGAUGACGUUCAAGACGGCACUCUAGUUACGAUAAAAGCUGGAAACGAUGAGAACGUGAUGGCCGAACUCAGGAACUGUACCGCGGUGAUGAAGAACCAAGUGGCAAAGUUCAACGACCUGAGGUUUGUGGGUCGGAGCGGACGAGGCAAGUCCUUCACCCUCACCAUCACCAUCAGCUCAUUUCCUUCACAAGUCGCCACCUACACCAAAGCAAUCAAAGUAACGGUCGAUGGACCAAGGGAGCCGAGAACAAAACAAAAUUAUGGCUACGGACACCCAGGACCGUUCAGUCCAUUCAUUCUGAAUCCCGGAUGGUUAGAUGCGGCGUAUCUCAACUACGCCUGGGCCGACUACUUCAGGCCCCCACAAAUGCGAGAGCCUUCCACGCUUAUCAAAGGUGGAGCAGCGCCGCUUACUACGCCACCCGUGACGAUACCUGGUGCUGAUUUAUUCCCCUUUCCUCCGGCUGUUACGAAUUUACCACCUGGUGGCCUAAUACCUCCACCCGGUGCAUUCUUACCACCGAACGGUCUUCUACCUUUCCCACCGCAUCCGGCGGAACUAGCACUAAAAAGUUUACCCCCUGAACUGUCUCUAAAGAGCGGUCUAACUCCUUAUGAAGCGUUACGACAAUUUCAAAACAAUGUUUCUUCAAUGGACACGUCUAGUGCACGACUAUCACCGACAAGCAGUAGACAGAGCGGUAGUCCGAGAAGUAUGGCCAACGCUAGUCCUGAUCGAUCGAAAACAGAUUCGAAAUCGGAAGCGAAUUCGAUACACGACGCAACGAUCACUGAUGAAUCGGACGAAGAACCUAUUGAAGUUGUAAAGUCCGCUUUCCACCCAACUAGGCCAGCGAAUUUAGAGCUUCAAGAAAUGAAAAGGGUUCAGGCAGCGGAUUCAACAGUUUCAGAUAGGCCACGAACACGCAAUGAACUGAAAUCAACUUCACAGCGUACUACCAGAGUACUUUCCACCAGUCCAACGUCAACCAAAAUCGCUAACGGAACAAUACCUAGUCACAAAUCUGUGUGGCGGCCAUAUUGA